CGCAAGCCAGGCUCAGGGGCCGGGCGGCGCAGGGCGGUGCGCGAGGCCUUAUGGGAAGACGCUGGCCUCCGGCGGCUUGUGUAGCUACGGGCUUGGCGAUUGCGGUUGUGGUGGUGGCGGCCCAGCCGGGUCACAAUGACUUCAAGUAAAGCAAUUGAAUUACAACUACAAGUGAAACAAAAUGCUGAAGAGUUGCAGGAUUUCAUGAGGGAUUUAGAGAACUGGGAAAGUGACAUCAAACAAAAGGAUCUGGAACUAAGAAAACAGAGUGGGGUUCCUGAAGAGAACCUACCUCCUAUUCGAAAUGGAAAUUUUAGGAAAAAGAAGAAAGGUAAAGCUAAAGAUUCUUCCAAAAACACCAAAGAGGAAAACACGAAAAACAGGAUAAAAUCUUACGAUUAUGAAGCCUGGGCAAAGCUUGAUGUGGACAGUAUCCUUGAUGAACUUGACAAAGAAGAUAGUACCCAUGACACUGUGUCUCAGGAAUCGGAGUCAGAAGAAGAUGGCGUUCGUGUAGAUUCACAAAAGGCUCUUAUUUUAAAAGAAAAGGGCAAUAAAUAUUUCAAACAAGGAAAAUAUGAUGAAGCCAUUGAAUGCUACACAAGAGGCAUGGAUGCUGAUCCAUAUAAUCCCGUGUUGCCAACAAACAGAGCCUCAGCUUACUUUAGAUUGAAAAAAUUUGCUGUUGCCGAAUCUGAUUGCAAUUUAGCAAUUGCCUUAAGUAGAAGUUACACAAAGGCUUAUGCCAGACGAGGUGCUGCUCGAUUUGCUUUGCAAAAAUUAGAGGAUGCCAAAAAAGAUUAUGAAAAAGUAUUAGAACUGGAACCAAAUAACUUUGAAGCAACAAAUGAACUCAGGAAAAUUGAUCAGGCUUUAAAAUCCAGAGACGACUCGAAUCCCAAAGCAGCUGCAGCAGUGAUGAAAUCUGCCGAAGGAGAGAAGAAACAAGUGGAAGAGCAGCAGAGCAAGCAGAAAGCCAUGUCCGAGAAAGACCGGGGGAAUGGAUUUUUCAAAGAGGGAAAAUAUGAAAGAGCAAUCGAAUGCUAUACUAGAGGGAUAGCAGCAGAUGGCACCAAUGCCCUACUUCCAGCUAACAGAGCAAUGGCCUAUCUUAAGAUUCAGAAAUAUGAAGAAGCUGAAAGAGACUGUACCCAAGCUAUCUUACUAGAUGGCUCGUAUUCUAAAGCGUUUGCCAGAAGAGGAACUGCGAGAACAUUUUUGGGAAAGAUAAAUGAGGCCAAACAAGAUUUUGAAACUGUUUUACUUCUGGAACCUGGAAAUAAGCAAGCAGUAACUGAGCUUUCCAAAAUUAAAAAGGAAUUAAUUGAGAAAGGACAUUGGGAUGAUGUCUUUCUUGACUCCACACAAAGACACAAUGUGAUAAAACCCAUAGAAAAUCCACCUUGUCUUGGGUCACCUAAACCACUCAAGAAGGUCUUUAUUGAAGAAACUGGAAGUUUGAUAGAGGCUUUUGAUGUGCCAGAUAGCACUGCUGCUCACGAGAGUGAUCCUGUGGAUUUGGCAAAUGUAACAGCGCCUGCAGGCACCACAGGCAAGAAGAAUUCAAGCCAAGAUGACCUUUUGCCCACAGGUGACACUCCAAAAGCAAAAAUGUUGAAGAUAGAAGAAAUCAGUGACACUUCAGACCUGCAAACUCAAGUCAGUUUGAAGCAGGAUGUAUGUCAGUCUUUCAGUGAGAAGAUUUCUGUAAAGGUGGAGCAGACACCUGCUCAGCUUGUCACAGCCGCUCUGCCUCCAGUUCCUGCCAACUCAUUCCAGCUUGAAUCUGAUUUCAGACAGCUGAGAAGUUCUCCAGAUAUGUUAUAUCAGUAUUUAAAGCAAAUUGAACCAUCUUUAUAUCCGAAGUUGUUUCAGAAAAAUCUAGAUCCAGAUGUAUUCAAUCAAAUCAUUAAAAUUUUACAUGACUUUUACAUCGAGAAAGAAAAGCCAUCUCUCAUCUUUGAAACCUUACAAAGACUUUCUGAACUAAAAAGGUUUGAUAUGGCCAUAAUGUUUCUCUCAGGACCUGAGAAAAAGAUCAUACAUGUAUUAUUCAAUCACUUAGAAAAAUCAGAAUUGAAGGCUAAUUCUGUUGAAGAACUGAAGAAAAGAUAUGGCGGCUGAUCCCCAUUUUUGCUGAGAUUGCUUUUCCCUUUCAGAUGUACAUUCUUUUUCCUGCUGAAAAUAAAGUUUCAUUUUGCUUCUUAAGAAAAUGAAA